GCUGUGAAGGUAUAAGCUCCGGCCUCAACCUCUCAGUUGACAGUUGGUCGGUGUUUGGGUGGGACGUACACGCUCUCCCCUCCUCCAUGAAUCGUCUACGGAAAGGAGCGCCAAUGUGGGUGUUGACGGUGGUGGUGGUGGUGGGCAUGCUGUCUGGCUGCCUGCAGGGAGCCACCCUCCCCAGGACUUCCUUCCCUGGUACCCCUCCCGAAAACACCCACCCAGGAGAGGGAAAACAGAGCCUUGAUGAAGACUAUGGAGGAGUUGAGGGCGUGAAGGGCCUACUGGAGUACCUGGAACUGGAGCCUGUAGAUGCAGAGGACCCCAGGAUCAGCGAGCCAGGGGGCCUUAAGAUGAAGUCUCACACCGGAGACAACCUCGUCUUCACCAGGAACCAAGGAGGAACGAUCAGCGUGAAUGGCGCACCAGUGGAAGGGCUAAAGACCUUGGAUGACGGUACUCAAGUGUACACUCUGGAACGCUUCCUGGAGGACCACAGGGGCCGCCUGGACGAAGCCUUCCAGUUCCUCAGUAGUCAAGUUGCCAGAGAGAGUCUGUCUUCACCCUCUUCACCCAGGCACCUCGGGUUAGGAGACAUACCUCAAAAACAACGUUAUCCAGCCGAAUCAUCAGUUGAACCAGUGCAAGUUCCUCGACCCACUGUAGAUGAUAAGGAAGAUUAUCCUCGCUAUUCUGUCGUCGUCAGUCAAGUGACGGAAAUCUCCUCUGAAACUUCCCCUCCCUUAUCAGUCAACUCUCCACCCGAGGACGUCCUCCCAGUAACUGAAGCCUUUACUAAUUCUAUACCCAAGGAUACCAUCCCUCUCACGGAAUCUCUGGAUGUCUCUCCCGUUCCUGAAACUCAUUCACUCAUCGAGCCAAUCUCGGUCACGGAAUCCCUAGCUGAGCAGUCAUCUCCCGUACUUGGAUUUUUACGUAAGGUGGCAGGUCCAGGCACAGUGGUUUCAGGUGAACCAUUGAAUGGAGAACCCGUCCCUGGUACCAAUGAUUCGCUUUCGUCGCUUCAGCCACCAAUAGAAGCACUUUAUGAAAUUAUUCCAUUGAAGGAACCUCGUCAAGAGAUAUCUGAUCAUCCCAUCAGAGAAUCUAAAUCUUUCAGUGCAGCAUCCGAGUUUCCUGUUACAGUAUCACCUGAACCAUAUACUAUACAACCCAUACCAGUCACUGAGAUAACGUCUGAAGUUAUCGUGGAUGUUGAUCCAAAAACUGAGAUUUCUUUUGAGAGUUCUUCUGGUUCUGUAUCGAGUUCCAAGAUCUCGUCCGAAGUAUCUGAACACAUUAAACUGAUCCAUGAACUUGACGGUGAUCCUGUCCUUACAACUCUCAGUGCCACGGUGAGUCCUUCCCUGGAGCAAGUGACUUUGGUCACUAUCCUGAAGGGGGAGGAGAUCCGACUCAAUCCUGUUCUCCCCAACAGCUUCAAGGGGAUGAAUCAUGCCGAACUAGCCGUUCCCAAUUUCCUGCAGGGAGUGACCCGUGAUGAGCGUAACUUAAGACAACACCUGGAGGCUGCCACGCUGCCUGAUCCUCCUCAAGCCUUAGAGGAGACACAUGUUCCAAUUAUCGAUAUCUGGCUUCUGGGACUUGAACAUCAAAACAACUCUGGUCUACCAAAUGAACAAGUGGUCAGGACGGUAUUGACUCCCGACGACUCUGUCAUGAUCAGCCUGGGGAUGAAGAACGCCUCUCACCCUCUCCACGAUGACAGUGCGGAGAACGUUGCCCUCCUUAAACAAUUCCUGCUGGAUUACCUCCUCCAGGACCCCGUCAGUGCUCAGAAUUCCCAAAUUAACCUUCCAGAGGGACUGACUGUCACUAACAUCGCUGGCAAGAAUUUAAUCUUUAAGUCUGAUAUUAAUGGCAACUUGACCAUCAACAACGUUGCUGUGCUUAGUAUGGAGGAACUGUCUGACGGGACAGCGGUCUUCACCCUCGCUGACAUGCUCUUCGACCACCGUGCCAAGAUAGCAGAGGCGAGCGAUCUGCUAAAUAAUCAGUCGAAUGUGCCCUUCCUUUUACCUGAAGAAACAGACAUUGCACAUCAGCAAGCUGAGGAGACAUCAUUACCAGGACCAAAUAUUUCACAGCCGCCUUCAGAAGUGGACAUUACAGAGAAUGGCACACAAGAGCCAAUUUCCGACACAGUGGUGGAAAUCCCCCAGGAGGCCUUGAAGCUGGGUAGGAUUCCUCUUCUAGUGGAGGAGAUGGAGGCCUCCUCUCUGCUUGACCUUUGGCGCCGAGCACUCAGUCACCAACAGUCCCCACCCACCUUCACCUCAGACCCGAUGACAAUUUUGUCCCCCGACUAUUUGGAAGUGAUGAAUCUGGUGCCUGAGGACGUCCCCAACCCAUUAUUUGACGACAGCAAGGACAGUGUGGCCCUCGUCAAAGAGUUCCUGUUGGACUACCUGGUGCUGGACCCUGUUAUAGACCAGGACUCGAGGCUGGCUCGCGCUCAAGGCCUCACCCUCAUCAACAUGGCUGGGAAGGAACUCACGUUCAGAGCAGAUCAGGACGGUAAUAUUGUGGUGAAUGGCGUACCCGUAGUGGACCACCAGAUUCUUCGUGAUGGGACUCAGGUGUACACUCUGGGAGACUUCCUCUUCGACCACCGGGCCAAGGUGAACCAGGCUUCCCUCGAACUCACAGACCAUCAUGCUGACCCUCUUCUCACUACCCUUCAUCUGGAUCAAGCUGGUGAGCAUAGCGAUGUUGGGCUCCUACCAGCAGUUGUCCCCUUCACCAGAGCUGUUGGCAUGCAGUCACUUGGUGGGGGAGGUGAAACAAGGGAGGUGCACUUUACUGGUAGGGAAUCUCAAGAAGUGCCAACCUUGCCCCUGAACCUUAAUGCCCACACCUCUUCACUCUACAACUUGUGGCGCCACGCCUUCAGAGUACAAGGUUCUGCAGGUGGAGAAGCACCCAAGACGGUAUUGUCGCCUAGAGCCUCAGUGAUGAUCAACCUGGUGCCUCAGGAUGCCCCUCACCCGCUCUACGACGACAAUGCGGAUAAUGUGGCUCUCCGCACACAGUUCCUGCUGAAUUACCUCAUCAAGUACCGCAUCAGUGCUCUGGACUCCAGGAUGACUCGGCCAGAAGGACUCUCUGUUAAAACUCUUGGUGAUCGAAACCUAACUUUCAAGAAAGGCGCUGGAGGUGAGAUAACAGUGAACGGAGUGGAGGUGAGACAGGUUGAGCAGCUGUUAGACGGCACUGUGGUGUACACCCUGGACAACCUCCUCUUCGAUCACAGAACUCAAGUACAAGAAGCCUUUGCAAACCUGAUUCAGUCCGAACCUGGAAGAAUCAGUCCAUUUCCUCAAGUCUCAGAUGUGUUAAUUACUCGACCAGAAACACCAACGCCCCAGGAUCGACUGCUAGCAUCAGAAGCAGAGGAUCCAGUUCAUGAGGUAGAAACACCAGUCUUUGAAGCAGAGGUGCCAGUUCCUAAAGUAGAAGCACCAGUCUUUGAAGCAGAGGUACCAGUUCAUGAGGUAGAAGCAUCAGUCUUUGAAGCAGAGGUACCAGUUCAUGAGGUAGAAACACCAGUCUUUGAAGCAGAGGUACCAGUUCAUGAGGGAGAAGCACUAGUCUUUGAAGCACAGGUACCAGUUCAAGAGGGAGAAGCACCAGUCUUUGAAGCAGAGAUACCUGUUCCUGAGGGAGAAGCAUCAGUCUUUGAAGCAGAGGUACCAGUUCAUGAGGUAGAAACACCAGUCUUUGAAGCAGAGGUACCAGUUCAUGAAGUACAAGCACCAGUUUUUGAAGCAGAGGUACCAUUUCCUGAGGUAGAAGCAUCAGUCUUUGUAGCAGAGAUACCUGUUCCUGAGGGAGAAGCACCAGUCUUUAAAGCAGAGGUACCAGUUCAUGAAGUAGAAGCAUCAGUCUUUGAAGCAGAGGUACCAGCUCCUAAAGUAGAAGCACCAGUCUUUGAAGCAGAGGUACCAGUUCCUAAAGUACAAGCACCAGUCUUUGAAGCAGAGGUACCAGCUCCUAAAGUAGAAGCACCAGUCUUUGAAGCAGAGGUACCAGCUCCUAAAGUAGAAGCACCAGUCUUUGAAGCAGAGGUACCAGCUCCUAAAGUAGAAGCACCAGUCUUUGAAGCAGAGGUACCAGUUCCUAAAGUACAAGCAUCAGUCUUUGAAGCAGAGGUACCAGUUCCUAAAGUAGAAACACCAGUCUUUGAAGCAGAGGUACCAGUUCCUAAAGUACAAGCACCAGUCUUUGAAGCAGAGGUACCAGCUCCUAAAGUAGAAGCACCAGUCUUUGAAGCAGAGGUACCAGUUCCUAAAGUACAAGCACCAGUCUUUGAAGCAGAGGUACCAGCUCCUAAAGUAGAAGCACCAGUCUUUGAAGCAGAGGUACCAGUUCCUAAAGUACAAGCACCAGUCUUUGAAGCAGAGGUACCAGCUCCUAAAGUACAAGCACCAGUCUUUGAAGCAGAGGUACCAGCUCCUAAAGUAGAAGCACCAGUCUUUGAAGCAGAGGUACCAGCUCAUGAAGUAGAAGCACUAGUCUUUGAAGCACAGAUACCAGUUCAUGAGGUAGAAGCACCAGUCUUUGAAGCAGUGGUACCAGUUCAUGAGGUAGAAGCACCAGUCUUUGAAGCAGUGGUACCAGUUCACGAAGUAGAAACUCCAGUCUUUGAAGCAGUGGUACCAGUUCAUGAGGUAGAAGCACCAGUCUUUGAAGCAGUGGUACCAGUUCUCGAAGUAGAAACUCCAGUCUUUGAAGCAGUGGUACCAGUUCAUGAGGUAGAAGCGCCAGUCUUUGAAGCAGAGGUGCCAGUUCAUGGAGUAGAAGCACCAGUCUUUGAAGUAGAGGUAUCAGUUCCUGAGGUAGAAGCACCAGUGUUUGAAGCAGAGGAACCAGUUCAUGAAGUAGAAGCACCAGUCUUUGAGGCAGAGGUACCAGUUCCUGAGGUAGCAGCACCAGUCUUUGAAGCAGAGGAACCAGUUCAUGAAGUAGAAUCACCAGUCUUUGAGGCAGAGGUACCAGCUCCUAAAGUAGAAGCAUCAGUCUUUGAAGCACAGAUACCAGUUCCUGAGGCAGAAGCAUCAGUCUUUGAAGUACAGGUACCAGUUCAAGAGGUAGAAGCACGAGUCUUUGAAGCAGAGGUACCAGUUACUGAGGUAGAAGCACCAGUCUUUGAAGCAGAGGUACCAGUUCCUAAAGUAGAAGCACCAGUUUUUGAAGCAGAGGUACCAGUUCCUAAAGUAGAAGCACCAGUCUUUGAAGCAGAGGUACCAGCUUCUAAAGUAGAAGCAUCAGUCUUUGAAGCACAGAUACCAGUUCCUGAGGCAGAAGCAUCAGUCUUUGAAGUACAGGUACCAGUUCAAGAGGUAGAAGCACGAGUCUUUGAAGCAGAGGUACCAGUUCAUGAGGUAGAAGCAUCAGUCUUUGAAGUACAGGUACCAGUUCAAGAGGUAGAAGCACGAGUCUUUGAAGCAGAGGUACCAGUUCACGAGGUAGAAGCACCAGUUCAUGAGGUAGAAGCACCAGUCUUUGAAGCAGAGGUAGCAGCACCUGUCUUUGAAGCAGAGGUGCCAGUUUAUGAAGUCGAAGCACCAGUCUUUGAGGCAGAGGUACCAGUUCCUGAGGUAGAAGCACCAGUCUUUGAAGCAGAGGCACCAGUUCAUGGAGUUGAAGCACCAAUCUUUGAAGCAGAGGUACCAGUUCAUGAGGUAGAAGCACCAGUCUUUGAAGCAGAGGUACCAGUACCUGGAGUAGAAGCACCAGUCUUUGAAGCAGAGAUACCAGUUCACGAGGUAGAAGCACCAGUCUUUGAAGCAGAGAUACCAGUUCACGAGGUAGAAGCACCAGUCUUUGAAGUAGAGGUAUCAGUUCCUGAGGUAGAAGCACCAGUCUUUGAAACAGAGGUACAAGCACCAGUCUUUGAAGCAGAGAUACCAGUUCACGAGGUAGAAGCACCAGUCUUUGAAGCAGAGGUGCCAGUUCAUGAGGUAGAAGCACCAGUCUUUGAAACAGAGGUAGAAGCACCAGUCUUUGAAGCAGAGGUGCCAGUUCAUGAGGUAGAAGCACCAGUCUUUGAAGCAGAGGUAGAAGCACCUGUCUUUGAAGCAGAGGUGCCAGUUUAUGAAGUCGAAGCACAGGUACCAGUUCAUGGAGUUGAAGCACCAGUCUUUGAAGGAGAGGUACCAGUUCCUGAGGUAGAAGCACCUGUCUUUGAAGCAGAGGUGCCAGUUUAUGAAGUCGAAGCACAGGUACCAGUUCACGAGGUAGAAGCACCAGUCUUUGAAGCAGAGGUGCCAGUUCAUGAGGUAGAAGCACCAGUCUUUGAAGCAGAGGUGCCAGUUCAUGAGGUAGAAGCACCAGUCUUUGAAGCAGAGGUAGAAGCACCUGUCUUUGAAGCAGAGGUGCCAGUUUAUGAAGUCGAAGCACAGGUACCAGUUCAUGGAGUUGAAGCACCAGUCUUUGAAGCAGAGGUACCAGUUCACGAGGUAGAAGCACCUGUCUUUGAAGCACAGGUACCAGUUUCUGAGGUAGAUGUACCAGCCUCCGAAGCAAAAUUUUCAGUGUUAGAAAUACAGCGACUCCUGUUUGAACCAGAAAAUGAUUCAAUCCAUUUGACAGUGGUGCCAGUGUUUGAAGCAGGAGUAUCAAGGAUUGAAAGACCAAAAUCUUUAGGUAAAACAACACUGACAGUACCAAGAAUCCCACAACUAGUGGAGGCAGCCCAUCCUUCAAUUUUAAACCUGUGGAAACAUGCCCUCAGCUUACAGGAAUCCCAAGCAACACUCAGAAAUAACCAAGAACCUAAGACAAUACUUUCACCCGACUCCUACAAGAUGUUGAACCUGGUGCCUCAAGAUUCCCCCCACCCUCUCUAUGAUGACAGUGAGGAGAACACCGCUCUUCGCACAUACUUCCUCCUAGAUUACAUGACCAGUGACCCCGUCAGUGCCCAAGAUGCCAGGAUGACUCGGCCGGAGGGUCUCUGUUACUAACCUUGGUGGGCAGAAUCUCAUCUUCAAGGUUGAUCUCAAUGGUAAAAUGACGGUAAAUGGUGUACUCGUGGAAGGAGUCGACACACUUCCUGAUGGGACUCAAUUGUAUUCUCUCGCUGACUUCCUGUUUGACCAUCAAGCUAAGGUGGACGAGGCUUUUGAAAUAUUGAUCAAGCAACCUAGCGCCUUUGGUCCCCUUGGUAUACCUCUUGAAACAACCAUUUGACCUACAGAAGACACCGUUGGACACUAGAAUGUUUGUUUUUAAGGUGAAACAACAGUGAGCAAGUGAUAUGUAUAACACCGUGGUACAGGAUCAGUAUCUAGUCACAAAAGAAGAUAAUUAUGGAUGUAAUGUUGCUGAUCAUUGUACAGGGGUAUUGUCAUUAUUUGUGAGGCAUUUUUCUGUUCUUCAAUGAAAUAGAAAUGACUUGUUUUGUCGGUGUUUGUUAUUUGCGAAAAUGAAAAUAAAAUUAUCCUCUUAUUUAAUUGAUAA